ACGACGUUUCGGGGCAAAGGUCACAUCAGUAAUGAAGAUUCCGCCAAGGUAGCAGCCUCACUCACUGUCGCACUUGUUUAUUAUUUUUAAGGGGAACUUUGAGAAGCACGCGAGCUUCAUCACAGCCAAACUGGAGGAGGUCAUGGCACGUCUGGUGGCAGUUUGCAGGGAAGGGGAAGAGGACUACCCAUUUCUCUCCAGGCAGAUUCCCCUGUAUAUCGAUGAUAGUCUCACGAUGGUGAUGGAAUUUUCUGACACCGUCUUGGAUGUUGACAGCCAAGAGAUAAACGUGUCUCAUUGGAAACAAUUUUCCGAGUACCACUCCAAGUUGAAGCAACAGGACUUGAAUAUCGCCAUGAUGGUGACAUCCCGAGAGGUGUACGGUGCGUUAUCUCAGCUGGUGCCGUGCGUGGGCUGCAGACGAAGUGUGGAGCGCCUCUUCUCGCAUUUAGUGGAAUCGGGGAACCCAGCCUUGGAGCCCCUCACAGUGAAACCCACGGACCUGCUCUCUGUCACUAAUGCCUGCUUAGCAGAUGUAAAGAAACUCUACACCCUCUUCUACGUCCACGGGUCGAAGUUGAAUGACAUGAUUGACGCCAUUCCAAAAAGUAAAAAGAACAAACGCUGUCAGUUACACUCCUUAGACACACACAAACCUAGACCGUUGGGGGGAAGCUGGAUGGAUGUGUGGGAGCUGAUGUCUCAGGAGUGCAGGGACGAGGUGGUGCUCAUUGACAGUGCUUGUCUCUUAGAGACACUGGAGACAUACUUGCGUAAACACAGGUUUUGCACUGACUGUAAGAAUAAAGUGCUGAGGGCGUACAACAUCCUGGUGGGGGAGCUGGACUGCAGCAAAGAGAAGGGGUACUGCGCUGCCUUAUAUGAGGGACUAUGCUGCUGCCCCCACGAACGCCACAUCCAUGUGUGCUGCGAGACUGACUUCAUUGCUCACCUCCUGGGCCGGGCAGAGCCCGAGUUUGCAGGAGGCUAUGAACGAAGAGAGCGACAUGCCAAGACAAUUGACAUUGCACAAGAAGAAGUCCUGACCUGUCUGGGUAUUCACCUGUAUGAGCGGCUGCACAGGAUCUGGCAGAAACUACGAGCAGAGGAGCAGACCUGGCAGAUCUUGUUCCACUUGGGAAUCGAUGCACUACGCAAAAGUUUUGAGAUGGCUGUGGAGAAGAUGCAGGGCAUCAGUCGGCUGGAGCAGUUUGUUGAGGAGCUGUCCGAGGAGGAGAGGGCCAAAGAGCUGAAGCAGGAGAAAAAGAGGCAAAAGCGAAAGAAUCGUCGCAAAAACAAGUGUGAGGACAAGGAGGACAAGGAGAAAGAUCUGGUUGAGGGUUCUCUUGAGUCUGUGGAAAGCACUUGCAAGGUCUGCGGUAGCCCUGAUGAGGAGAAGGAGGAAGAGGCCAGAUGUGAUCAGAGCAUCGCCGCCAGUGGAAGCACUUCCUGUAGCUGCACAGACAACAUCAAACAGGAUUUGACCCCCCAUAGCAAUGGUAGUGACUGCGGCUACUCCUCAAGUAUGGAGGGGAGUGAGCCAGGAUCGCAAGAAGGUUCUUAUAUUGCCUGCUCUGAGGGAAUGUGCAACCAUGGAGAUGCAGUAGAUGAGCCAAGUGCCCAUCAAUGUGCUGAAGACAAGGAGGAGGAUGGAAUAGACAGUUGUGUGGACUGCUGGCCACACUCUGUGGAAAACGCUCAAUGCAAGAGUAAAAAGAAGAAAAGGAAGGGCAAGGGUUUAUGCAACGAUCAGGGACAAAAAGGCGACGGUUGCAUGUCGGAUGGGAACGUGACAGGCCACAGUCCUCCAUCAUCACACACUUGCCAAACCAAAGAAAUACUUUCCUCCUUAUGUGGCGACGCAUUCGCCAGCAUUGUGCUGCGAUUACCGUGGGCAGCAACUCGAGCUAACCUCAGCCUUGAUGCGAGGCCUCCAGAGGGAAACGCAAGUCUCAAGGAGCUUCUGGAGGAUUCAGAAGUGACUUCAGAUGAAGAGAACUGUCUGACGCAGGAUGAAAUCCAGGCCUUUUUGGAAAGAAACCGGUCCUUCUACAACAACCGCCUCCAGUACAGACAACUCCUGAAGGAGAAGUUCUCCAACUACUGCCAUGCCACUUAGUGGAGUAAGCCAGUCUGUGGAAAGUGGUUUACCACCACCAGUGUCAACUAAGUGCACUAAUGGCACCUACCCCUGGGGAAAACACUUGUGACCACUGCUGCAACAUCUUUAGAAAAGAUAUAAUGAUGAAAUACAUGUGAUGUCUUGAUCAGACAUUUCUCCUUUUAAAGUAAACGUGAUUCUAACUUUC